AUGGAGUCCUUUAAGGUGCUAGAAAUAAGUUUAUCUGAGUGUUGGUCACACAGUAGCCGGAUCGAGCUGGGAGAUGUGACACCACACAAUAUUAAACAAUUGAAGAGAUUAAACCAGGUCAUCUUUCCAGUCAGCUACAAUGACAAGUUCUACAAGGAUGUGCUGGAGGUUGGCGAGCUAGCAAAGCUUGCAUAUUUCAAUGAUAUCGCAGUAGGUGCGGUAUGCUGUAGGGUGGAUCAUUCACAGAAUCAGAAGAGACUUUACAUCAUGACACUAGGAUGUCUCGCACCUUAUCGAAGGCUAGGAAUAGGAACUAAAAUGUUAAAUCAUGUCUUAAACAUCUGUGAAAAAGAUGGCACUUUUGACAACAUCUAUCUGCAUGUUCAGAUCAGCAAUGAGUCAGCAAUUGACUUCUACCGGAAGUUUGGCUUUGAGAUUAUUGAGACAAAGAAGAACUACUAUAAGAGGAUAGAACCCGCAGAUGCUCACGUGCUACAAAAAAACCUCAAAGUCCCUUCUGGCCAGAACGCAGAUGUGCAGAAGAUAGAUAACUGA